AUGAACUCACGAGCCUCUAAUGCCACCGCCCUCCGGCGACUGAUGACGGAGUACAAGCAGCUCACCUCCCAAGGCGCCCCCGAUGGGAUGUUCACGGCCGGUCCUGUCUCCGAGUCCGACUUCUUCACCUGGGAGGCCCUGAUCGUGGGCCCGAAGGACACGCCGUUCGAAGGCGGGGUCUUCCCCGCCGUGCUGACGUUCCCGUCCGACUACCCCCUGUCGCCGUUCAAGAUGAAGUUCGACCCGCCGCUGUUCCACCCCAACAUCUACCCGGACGGCACGGUGUGCAUCUCGAUCCUGCACACGCCCGGAGACGACCCGACGAUGUACGAGCAGGCGUCGGAGCGCUGGAGCCCGGUGCAGAGCGUGGAGAAGGUCAUCCUCAGCGUGAUCUCGAUGCUCGCAGAACCCAACCUGGAAAGCGGGGCGAACAUCGACUGCUGCAAGCUGUACCGCGACAACCGGGCGGAAUACGAGCGGCUCGUGAAGGAGUCGAUCCGCGAGCAACUCGGGCUCUGA